GGUGCAGAAAAGCGGGUAAAAUUAUACACAGGCUAUAAUGGUACAAAAAUUCUACGAGAGAGAGAAUUGAAAACGCCAAAGAUGAUGAAGGAUCAAUACAUAUACAUUCACAUAGGAUCGAAAGAAAAAAAAGUCAGAAAGCUUGAGACUAUCAGAUUCAUUCAUGCAGGACUUUCUGUACUAUUGCUCAGAUUAAAUUCUCCUGCAGGAUAUGUUAAUAAAAUCUCUCGUUCUAAAAUGCUGACCAUCUUAUCAAAUAUUAGUGAGUUUGGCAAAGGAGUUCUUCCAGCCAUUAUACUUGCGUGGAAGGCAAAGAUUUGUAAUAUCAUUAAUUAA